GCGGAGUUAUAUUCUGAUUACACCCAUACACGAGGCGGAGCCAUGCCACCGCCCCUCUUGUCAUGUGAUGUCACAGAUGCGCGCAGGAUCCGGCUGUGCUCACGUCAUGUUGUCUUGGGGCGGAAGCAAAAACGAGGAGUGAAUCCGGUAACGGAGCCGGUUAUACCACCCCUUCCGGAAGCAUGUCCGGGAGGGCGGCGCCGGGGAGACACGGCAGCGAGUUUCGCAGGCGCCGGAAAUUAAAUGACAUUCAGAAAGCGCUGAGCACCGACCCGCCGGAUGUGGCCGUGCUCCGACGGAUGGCGAUCAGCGAGGGGGGGUUACUGAGCGACGAAAUCCGCUGCCAGGUCUGGCCCAGGCUCCUCAACGUCGGUAUUGAGAACCUGCCCCCACCCCCAGGGCCGGAGCUUCGCGUGGAUAACAAGGAUUACCAGCAGGUUCUGCUUGAUGUCAGGCGCUCGUUGAGACGUUUCCCCCCCGGGAUGCCUCUCCAGGAGCGUGAGGAUCUCCAGGAGCAGCUGAUCGACAUCAUUCUGCAUGUUCUGGUCCGAAACCCACAGCUGCACUAUUACCAGGGCUACCACGAUAUCGUCGUCACAUUUCUGCUGGUGGUAGGGGGGCCGCUGGCCACUGUGCUGGUAGAGAAGCUGUCCACGCACCACCUCAGGGAUUUCAUGGACCCCACCAUGGAUAACACCAAACACAUUCUGAACUACCUGAUGCCCAUCAUAGAAUUGGUGAACCCUGCGCUCCACAACUUCAUGCAGAGGGCUGAGGUCGGCACGAUAUUCGCACUGAGUUGGCUCAUUACGUGGUUCGGACACGUCCUGUCAGACUUCAGACACGUGGUGAGGUUGUAUGACUUCUUCCUGGCGUGUCACCCCCUGAUGCCCAUCUACUUUGCAGCAGUGAUCGUUCUGCACCGGGAGGAGGAGGUGCUGGAGUGUGAGUGUGACAUGGCGUCUGUACACCACCUGCUGUCACGGAUCCCUCAGGAUCUGCCGUAUGAGUUGCUCAUCAGUCGGGCCGGGGAUCUUUUUGUUCAGUUUCCUCCGUCUGAGCUUUCCCGCGAAGCGGCGCUGCAGCACCAGGCGGAGAGGACUGCAGCUUCCACCUUCAAGGACUUUGAGUUGGCAUCAACCCAGCAGCAUCCUGACACUGUGCUGCGGCGGCGCUUCCGCCAGACUGUCCACGCGGACCACGGAGCCGUCCUCACCAAGCCUCGCACGAACAGACUGGUGAAGCUCGCUGUUAUGGGUCUGACUGUGGCCCUGGGGGCUGCGGCUCUGGCCGUAGUGAAGAGCGCCCUGGAGUGGGCACCUAAGUUUGAGCUGCAAAUUUUCCCAUAAGAGGACCAGCAGUGAAGGCCGGUGUUAGCGGGUGGCAGAGCCGGCUCCUAGGAGCCCCCGUGUAGUUUGUGGGACCUCUGGAUGCUUCGUGGGCAUAACCACACACAC